AAUUGAAUUGGGUAGGUGAAAUUCCAAACUAGUGUAAGUGCGUGCAGCUCGUGUUCUCUAUAAAAAAAACCACAAACCCCUUCUCACUUCCCAUCUCCUCAUUCUAGAUACUUCUUCAUUUUCCUUCUUCUCACUCCAACGCAAGGGGGUACCCUGAGAUCACAUUGAACAAUGGUGAAGGCUGUGGCAGUUCUUGGCAGCAGCGAUAAUGUCAAGGGAACUAUUACCUUCAGUCAGGAGGGAGAUGGCCCAACUAACGUAAGCGGAACUAUUUCCGGUCUUAAGCCCGGUCUCCAUGGCUUCCAUGUCCAUGCCUUGGGUGACACCACCAAUGGCUGCUUGUCAACUGGACCACAUUUCAAUCCUGCAGGCAAGGAGCAUGGUGCCCCUGAGGAUGCGAUUCGUCAUGCUGGUGAUUUAGGAAAUGUGACUGUCGGUGAUGACGGAACCACAAGCUUCUCUAUUACUGACAGUCAAAUCCCUCUCACUGGACCAAACUCCAUCAUAGGAAGGGCUGUUGUUGUCCAUGCUGAUCCUGAUGAUCUCGGGAAAGGUGGCCAUGAGCUUAGCAAGACUACUGGAAAUGCUGGUGGCAGAGUAGCUUGUGGUAUUAUUGGUUUACAAGGAUAAACCCUCAUCUCUAUCCUGGGAUACUAGAAGUUAAAAACUUGAGUGAUCAUUUGAUGAAGCUUUAGAAUAAUGGAAUAAAUUCCAGGAUUUCAUUUCCUGUUUGGUUAGAGGCUCGAUCUGUAUUGUUACAACUCUGUAUUUUACUUGUAUGGUAUUUGAUGACUAUAUAGUGCUGAGUCAAACUGUUGAAGUUGGUGUUGUUGGUUAUCGUUGUUUCAAGUUUUAUCAGUUCGGAGUAUGAACCGUGAAGUUUUCAUGA